AUGGAAGACUCUAAAGCGACAAAUAUAGAAGAGCUGAUUAAAACACUAAACCUCCUCAAAAAAGCCUUGAUUUCUGAACGAGAGGAACGAAAAACAACCACAAAAAACGUCGAAAACUUGCAAGAGAACGUUAAUAUCCUAGAAAAGAAAAUUAGAGAAAAAGUGAUUUUUACUCAGGACGAAGAAGGUCAUAUUAUUACACACAACAUUGAGCACUGCAAAUCAGAAAUUACUGACCAAGAGCGGCUACUGCAAAAUCAAUCUCCAGGAAAAGGCAAGCCUGCAAAGCCACCAAAACAGACAAGUCUAUCAAGAAGCAUCCAAGCGUUGGAGAACCAAAAUGAGAAGCUUAAAGAAGAGUAUGCCUUGGUAAGAUAUAUAGCCUUCCUGGGCUGCCAUAUGAGCGCCAAUUGGAAUUCAGCUAGUUUUCUAGAGCCUAUAAUAGUUUAGAAGGCUAUAUACAUUCCUGAGGCAUACAACCAAAUGAAGAAAGAAAACGAUGAAAUUGAGCUGAAAAUAAAAAGCAUCAAGCAGUAAUGCUUAUUAUAGGUCUUAUGAAAGAUAUCAAAGAAUCGCCAAUGCAACUGAUGAUGGACUGAAAAAAGCUGAAUUUGAUAUUCUAAGAGAUAAACUGAUUUCUAAUGAGAAAAUGAAUGAAAUCAUGGAAGAGAAAAAAAUUCUCCGGAAAUCCACUAUUAAUUUGAGUGUUAAAAACGGGAAAAUGGUAGAAGAGCUUGAAGCGAUUAACCGAAAAAUCCAAUUCGGGCUAGAAGAAAUUGGGAAUUUGAAAAAGUUUAAGGAAUCAAAAAUUGAGCAUGAAAAUUUAUUGAAAGAAAGAAUAGAAAAACACGAAAAAAUCGAAAAAGAAUUGGCUCAAGAAUUAUUGUUUCAUCGAGCUAAAAUCCUUGACGCCCAAUCCUAUUAUCAGACUUUUGAAGUUUUAAAAAUAACCCCACUUUUGAAUUCCCCUGCCAAAAUUAUAUUAAAAAGAGAAAAUCCUAAUGGUUUUUCGAUUGAAUUUCAAUCAGGAGCCAAAAGCAAGGCCUUUAAUGUAUCUGAUAUUGAAUCCUUAUAUAAGCACCAAACGAAGCCUAAUCGAUUUAUCGUUAAAAUUGAAGGAGAAAGUGCUAGGGAAUUUCAGAGUGAAGAAUCUGAAAGGAUAAUGACAAGAAUAAGAGAAAUCAUGCAAAUCGUGAUGGGAGUUGAAGUUGAUUAA